CAUCGGAAAGGAAAUUAGGAUAUUCAAAUAGCCAUUUUUUUUUCUUUCUCCUCCUCCUGACAAUAAUAUAUCUAUCUAUAUCUAUAUCUAUAUCUGUAUAUAUAAAGUAGUAUUCUGUCUUUAUUCUUGUACAGAAUAUCCAGCGAGAUGUCGGGCAGGACGGUUCGGGCGGAGACGCGCAGCAGGGCGAAGGAUGAUUUCAAAAAAUUUAUGGCUGUAAUCGACAAAGUCCGCAGAUGGGAGAAGCGCUGGGUGACUGUGGGAGAAACUUCUCUUCGAAUCUUCAAAUGGGUCCCUAUCAUAGACCCCACAGAUGAGGAGAAGUCCAGAGUGCUUGACGGUCCAAUGGAGAGGCAGACUGAGAGAGAGAAGAGACCUAGAGGGGCGGGGCUUAAGCACAACCCCGCCCUCCUUAUAAUGGAUCUCAACGAUGAGAACAGCAAUCAGAGUUCGUUCUCGGAGGCCUCUCCAGCGAAGGGGGACAGCAGCGGCAGCCCCAGCCCCUCCCCGGAGAGGAGCCGAGCCCCCUCCCCAAACACUGCGCCCCCCGUGGGCAGAGCAGAGGAACCGCAACCCCCUACCUUGGGACAGGAGCCCCCGCCAACCAGCCCCCUGCAGGACUCGUCUCUUCUGUCCGAACAUUCCCAGGACCCCCCUCUGCUGUUUAAAGAAGAUUCGCUCCCAGAGACUCCAGCGCACAAGGACUCCAGUGUGGGUCUUGGAGCCCUCUGCUGGUGAAAGCAGCAAC